GGGGAUGCCAUCAAAGACCUCUUUCCCGUGCGACCGCCGAGAAGCUGCCAUGGCGGAGCCCAAGGUAUUGGUGAUUGAUGGACGUGGUCACCUGCUGGGUCGCUUGGCAGCCAUUGUGGCCAAGCAAGUCUUGCUGGGGCGCAAAGUUGUGGUUGUGCGAUGUGAAGGGAUCAAUAUAUCCGGCAAUUUCUAUCGUAACAAAUUGAAAUAUCUUGCUUUCCUGCGCAAGCGUAUGAACACCAACCCCUCCCGUGGUCCGUACCACUUCCGUGCCCCCAGCCGAAUCUUCUGGAGAACGGUGCGAGGAAUGCUCCCCCACAAAACCAAACGUGGCCAGGCUGCCUUGGAAAGGUUGAAGGUCUUUGAUGGCAUCCCCCCUCCUUACGACAAGCGCAAGAGGAUGGUGGUCCCUGCAGCUCUGAAAGUGGUCCGCCUCAAGCCCACACGCAAGUUUGCAUACUUGGGACGCCUUGCCCAUGAGGUUGGGUGGAAGUAUCAGGCCAUCACAGCCACCCUGGAGGAGAAACGCAAGGAAAAGGCCAAGCUCCAUUACACAAAGAAGAAGCAGCUGAUGAGACUCCGAAAGCAGGCAGAGAAAAAUGUGGAGAGCAAGACUGCUAAAUACACAGACAUCCUCAAACAGCAUGGCAUUUUGGUGUAACUCUAAAUGUCCAGGUUCACUUCUCAAUAAAGGAUGAAGUUUGCA